GUCACGUGGCCACAGUCUGACCGUCGGCCUAUAAAGUGCGGCUCCGCUAUUCGCGGCGACACUGCGCGAGAACAGAGACCGUGAGCGGCAGUUACUAACAUCGCGUCAGCGCCACAGUCCUUUAUUUCGUGAAAGAUGCGGAUUUCUCGCUGCUUCCUGUUUCUGUUUCAAAAAAAGUUGUGUAGUAGCAGUCCGCAGAUGUGGCGAUCUCAACAUUAUCAUAGGAUGGCCACGUCAGCAAGCUCCAGCCUGUGCAAGCUGGUAAAGAAGCAGUACAUGGAGCUGUCGCAGGGGGGGAAGAUACAGGCCAUGUACAUCUGGAUCGACGGCACGGGGGAGGCUGUGCGCUGCAAGACACGCACACUGGACUUUGAACCGAAGAGCGUCGAUGAGCUGCCCGAGUGGAACUUUGAUGGCUCCAGCACAUAUCAGGCCGAGGGCUCGAACAGCGACAUGUACCUGGUGCCAGCCGCCAUGUACCGGGAUCCCUUCCGCCGGGACCCCAACAAGUUGGUGCUGUGCGAGGUGCUCAAAUACAACCGCAAGCCAUCAGAGACUAACUACAGACGUACGUGUAAUAAGGUGAUGGCGCAGGUGGCUGAUCAGCUGCCUUGGUUUGGGAUGGAGCAGGAGUACACGCUGCUUGGCACUGACGGACACCCCUUCGGCUGGCCUUCCAACGGCUUCCCCGGACCCCAGGGGCCCUAUUACUGCGGAGUGGGUGCAGACAAGGCAUAUGGGCGGGACGUUGUGGAGGCUCAUUACCGGGCCUGUCUGUACGCGGGCGUCAAGCUGUGUGGAACCAACGCUGAAGUUAUGGCAUCCCAGUGGGAGUACCAGGUGGGGCCGUGCGAGGGCAUUGAGAUGGGCGAUCACCUGUGGAUCUCCAGGUUCAUCCUUCACCGCGUGUGUGAGGACUUCGGCAUGGUCGCCUCCUUCGACCCCAAACCCAUUCCUGGCAACUGGAACGGGGCCGGCUGUCACACCAACUUCAGCACCAAGGGCAUGAGGAGCGCCGGAGGCCUGAAGUAUAUUGAGGAAGCCAUUGAGAAGCUGGGGAAACGUCACCAGUACCACAUCCGAGCCUACGACCCGAAGGGGGGUCUGGACAAUGCACGGCGGUUGACCGGCUCCCACGAGACCUCCAACAUCAACGAGUUCUCUGCAGGCGUUGCCAAUCGCGGGGCCAGCAUCCGCAUCCCCCGCUCUGUGGGGCAGGAGAAGAUGGGCUACUUCGAGGAUCGUCGCCCAUCAGCCAACUGUGACCCCUACGCCGUGACCGAGGCCCUCGUGCGCACCUGCCUCCUGGGCGAGAGCGGGGAUCAGACCCCCCAGUGACUCCCCAGGUGGGGGAGGGAAGAGAGAGGGCAGUGACACUGCGGGAGAGGGGAUGACACAGCGAGUGUUUUUACCACACGAGGGGGCUGAGCUGACAAUUUUGACGUGUUGGACACACUGAGAUUGGCCCGAGUGUCAGUCUGUUAGUAAAGUGAAUGCACAAGGUGCUGCUCGCACUCGCUGUGUCACACCAGCGCUCACACUUACUGUGUCCUCCUCUCAACCCCCUGGCUCUUUGAGAUUGCUGCUCGUGUCCAGCAUUCGCCAGGGACAAGUACUGUGUCCAAUUUACCCUGCCUCUCUCUUCCUCAUUCUCACACGCGCGCUCUCACACUCCUCUCGCACACAAUCUCACACUCUCUCCCUUUACCUCGUGGUUAGAAUCCGCUUAUUUAAAAAAAAAGAGCCGCAGUUUUUCAGAAUUAACCGGUUCAUCUCCAGAUUUCUAGCCAGAUUUACACCCAAUCCACCCUCAAGAGUGUUGUGUGUGAUGUUUGUGUUGUCACUAAUCCUUUUACACUAUCGUAUGGCAUUCCAGACACCGCUGUUCGUACCCGUGGACUUCCCAGCUUCUCGUGACCCCAUUGCUCUCUCACACUAACCCUGGUGACUGAGCAGCCCCACUCUCUGCUCUGUAUGUUUCCAGGGUUGAUGGCUCAAGGCUGCCAGGGCCAUUUUGCUGUAGAAUUUUUUUAUUAAGGAAAAAAAACUAGAUUCUUUUAAAUGAGAUUUUCUGUCUUUGUAUUUUGGGUCAUCGUCAACCCCAAUAAAACCGUUUAUAGAAUUAACAGUU